AUGUCUCACGAGAACAUCCUGGGAACCCUCGUCGUAGUCGCCCUCAAAGCUCAGCAUUUAAUUGACAAUCAUACGUUCUACAAACAGGAUCCUUAUGUCCGCAUCUCGUUGAACGGUACGGUCAAGAGGACCAAGGCCGAUCCGAAAGGCGGCCAGCACCCCGUUUGGGAUGCUGAGUUUCGCUUUCCGAUCUCAAGGGAAACUUCGGUGAAGACUAGGAGUCUCGAGAUAUCUUGCUGGGCCGAGGAGAAGAAAGAGGACGAGCUGCUUGGUGAGGGCAGAGUCGAUAUUGCCACGACGUUACAGUCAGGGGAAUUUGAUGACUGGGUUCCAUUGUCGCUUAACGGCGCUCAGAGAGGAGAGGUUUACUUUGAAAUGACUUUCUUCGCUGCUGGCCCUGCGCCU